UGCGGCUUGUAGUGAUUAUUCAAACUAAUCCGAAAUUCCUCUUACUCUUGCCCACUGCACCCUUUUAUGUUUUGACAUGUGCUAUUGUGCUUUCCCGCACAUCUCAGACUAUUAGAGCAGAUUCGAGAGCCAGAGAAGCCUUAGAUUAUAUUCAAACCUGGAUCCUCAGCAUAGGGGCUUGUGUAACAGGUUGGGAACACUUCCCCCCUAGCUAGAUAUUCUCGCUGAAACGCGAUUAUCCCUCUUCAGCGAGAAAGUAAACAUUACCAUAAACAGGUGUUUUGGGGUCUUUAUUGGAAAUAAUGGCAAAUCCCAUGGAAUGCUAAAUAAGUGCGACACACACUCAGUAUGACGUGAAUUGUCUCUAUGAAAUUGACAACAAAAAGUCAAGAAAUUGCAUAUCAACGUUGCUGUGUAAAAGGGAAGCAGUCUGAAAUCCAAUACAAAUCAUUGGUGUUACCAUGACAGGCAUGGACAUGUUGCCACCAAAUAUCGAAAAGCCUUGUAAAACUGCGUUAUCGUACAUUGUUUAUAAUCUUCCAGUUCAUGAACUUAUCAAUCCAGAUCUUAUUGGUGCUUUUCAGAGGAAAGGCUCCCUUUGUAUGCUCUCUCAUGGAACCAGACUAGAGGUCAACGACUGUGUAACUUUACUACCCACAGGGCGUUUGAUUCUUCACCUCACAAAAGAUUCAUACACCAGACUUGGUCUAGAUGGCAAACUGUCUCGUCACAACAAGUAUGGAGGAGAAAAAUAUGUGUUAGAAGUGGAUGUUGGCUCAACAGUCUUUGUACCUGGAAAGAAACACUAUGAUAGAGUCAAAUCUUGUCUGCAGCAUUCCAAUAUACAGUGUGAUUUUUUGGUUUCAUGGGAGGCACAAGAUAAAGAUUUGUGUGGAAGUUCCAUUCACAAGUAUUUCAAUAUAAAGGGGUUUAACUGUGUUCCUUUGGCCGUUUCAUCCAAAUUUCACAAAUACACGGAUGUAGAAAUACCUGACCUGCAGCAUCAAGAUGCCGAAAUACACCACCAGGAGGAGCUAUAUGAUUGGCUGGGAGGUGUAGCCAAUCAAAUAACACUGUCCAAUGAUGAUGAGUACAAUCCUAUGAGUGAUUACACUGGUCUUACCAAGCUUGGUCACUGCGCUCAUAUGCAAAUCUCUGGACUCUUCCUGGGAGCCACAGUCCAAAGUCUGAUUCAAGAAGUUAGGUUGGUAUUCACUAGACAUGUAUGUACUGUCAUUCACUUAUAUUUCAGGAAAAUUUAUUCAAACAACUUUGCUAUGCCCAUUUCAUCAAAGAGUCCUAAUUUUUGUGAACAUUCAGGUACAUGUAAGUCAACACUACGUUCACAUGCAAUUUUUUUGUUUGCAAGAACGUUAUUUUUGUGUCAAAAAGUAACAGCAUGAAUUUACACAAAAUAAAGUCUUAUAAACCAAAUCUAAAGUACAAUAACACAAUUGAUUUUUGCAAGUACUAAUUGUUUGUCAGAGUAAAACAGCUUCAAUUUUUUUGUCUUUUAAUGUUGACACUGCAAUACACAGAAGAAAUAUAUCGUAGGUGGGUUCAAGUGGCAUUUUUUCUCACUCUCAACCAGUUUUAGUCAGAUUAUCUUUGUCUGGCUCUUGAGUAACCAAAAGAGAAAUCUCAGGUUACGCAUGUUGUACAAGACAACCAGGACACAACUUUAUCACUAAUUAUGCAAAUUGUCCACUGUUUGCAUACAGUUAUACCUCUUUAAUUCAAACAAACUAGACAGUAGCUAUUAAUAAUGUGUUUAUAACUGCAAUGAAAUGUAUGACAUUUGGUUCUUAUAGGAAGCAGUGUAAAUUAAGCAGUAGUUGGGGCUGUGUGACAAUUCAUGGAUUUACAGAUUCACCAAUCUCCAUUGGAAGAUCCGAGAAAAAUCCUCAUAAACUAUGUGCUGAUUGUGUUACCCUAGUGGUUGUACCCAGCGAUAGGUGUUGGUUGUUUACUAACACCUAAACUUAAACUUUGACCAAUACAUUUUUGUUGGUGUUAAAAUUAAAAGUUAUUUUUCAUCCUU